AUGGUCUUUCUGAAUACAUUAUUACAUCUGUUAACUUUCAAUCUAUGUUUAUUUAGGCCCAUUGAAAUGCAAGAUUUAUUGUCUUCCCCAACUAAUUAUCUUUCUUAUGAGCAUAGUGAAAUUUGUAAUAACAAUGAGACCCUCUGUACAACAGAAAUAUUAGAACUAGGAGAUGUAAAUUCCACACUAACUAUAGUUUCAACAAACUUUGAAGGCCAUGAUCAGAAUCUGACUCUGAAUAAUGUUACACAAGUGGAAAAUCAUACCCUUCCAGUUACUUUAGAGAACACUCUUUUGGUAUCAGAACCAUCAAGUAGCAAGUCAACAGAAAGUUCAUAUGUGGCUGUCACUACAAGUGUAUUGCCAGUGAGUGAAAAACCACGAUGGAUUCCUGAGGAAAAUUGUGCCUGUGAUUUAGAGUUAAAUUCCUGUGACAUAAACUGCUGUUGUGAUGCUGACUGUUCAGAGGAGGACCGAUUAGUUUUCCUCAGAUGUGAAGAAAAACCUCCAUUGCCUCCAGAUCCUCGAUAUUGCUACAGAACACAGUUUAUAUAUAAAAACAACACAAAAUAUAAAUUAACUACUACUAGUAAUGGCCUGUUUUGCAUUGUGAAAGAAAACCUUCCAAAGCAUUUGAAAUAUAUGGAGGGAAAGGUUGUCACAAACAUAGAAGAUUUUAAAAAUGCUCUGCCUGUAAGAAACACAUACCCUUGGUCAGAGAAUUUUGCAAAUCACAGUGUCUUCAAUUUCAGUGGAAAUUACAAGGCAGCUGAUAUAAUUUGGACCUUUCACAAUUCUACAAUGCAUCCAUUAAGUUUCCCAACAAAGUUAACAAACGAAUACUGCCAAGUGACACAUACACUUCAGUAUUUGAGGGAAUGGUCAGGCCAUUGCACUCGCAUUGUAAGCUCCUGUGAUGCUGAUGAUGGCCUGAGUGCAGCCUGGUAUUAUAAACAUUUCACCAUUAUUGCUGAUCCUCUUUCUGUCAACCAGAGUCAUCUUGACACAUUUCUUGAGUCAUGUCCCAAUAAUACCUGCCUUCAAAUAAUACCAUUCUUUUGUGAUGGUACUUCCACUGACAUGGACGAAUGUGUCGAAGUGGAUGGAAUUGAAACUCCAUCUUUAGACAAUGACAUGAUCAGAUGUACAAAUGUGGUUCAAACUGUGAAAUAUGUGGUCCAUCACAAUGGUAGUGAAGGAAUUUUAAAAAUGGAAGCUUUCUUCUGGCUCAUCAACAUCACAUUAACAGAACAAGUUUUUACCCAGGACUUUGAAAUUUUGUUCACCUGGUUUGGUAAACAGAGGAAACCAUUCCAACGCAGUGGCAGGCCAGGUUAUAUUUUUGGUAAGCCCAUUAUGGCUGGAAAGAAAGUUUUUCAGCCAUCUGCACAGGAGCAGGAACCUGAUCGAGAAGCAAUAAUGCUAAGUGAUGAUCCACUGGGGUGGCUGACUAUUGCUAGACCUCUGUCUGAUGGUUCUUGUGGACUAGUUCAUGAAUAUGCUAGCAGAAGCAUUGUGACAUUUGGUGAAAAUCAGAGAACUUCAUGUGUCAUGUAUCUCCAUUUAUCUGACUUCAGUAAUAUGACAUCGUGUACCUCAAUACAGAGAAAGGUAUUUCAUAUAAUGCUUGGCAACAAUGCUGAAAAUAUAACUGAACUUCAGUUAUUCAAUCUUUAUGUGGCUACAUUUGGAGAUUCCAGUGUGGAGGAUACAGGUGACUGGGUGCCCAUAUUAUUUGAAAAUAUUCCUCAGUCUGAAAGUUCUCUGGAUAGAAAUGGUAAUGUUUUUAAAUGUAGAAAUAUUAUCACUACAUUUCAUACUUCUAUUUUGUAUUCAUAUACUGGAUCUGUUCUUAAUCCUCAGGCAAAAAUAGUUGCCACAUCCUUCAGAUUUGGCACACCACAUGAUCUUAUUUAUAGAUGCUUGCACCCAGGUUGUGAACAGAUUCAACAACUGCCAAGAAAACAAAUUCAGAUAGUCAGUUCUGUUUCGUUUUAUGAUGUAUCUUCUGAACCAGAAUUAUAUUUUUCAAAGCCCCCAGUCUAUGAAGUGAAACUUCCAUUUGAUUUCUUUUAUCCUUUUUUAUCAAACACGCAAUCAAUAAAUGUUGUUAACUACACAAAAAUACUAUCUAUUUACUUCUUUUUGUUUAUAACACAUACAUUUGCAUAUAAUAUACUUUUUGAAGUGAAUUAAUUUUUUAAAAAAUUUUACAUCAUUUAAAUAAGUCACAUAAAUCUGCAUUUUGAACAGACAAAAAAUGUGUUGUCAAAGAAAAUGAUUAAUUUCAUUAGAGGUUGUGUUAAAUCUUGUAAGAAUGUCAUUUUCAAUUUGGUACCAACUAAGGGUGUUGUAUAAAAAUGAUUUACUUUAUUGCCGGUAAUAAAUUAUUACGCACAGCAUUCUUGACAAUUCUCUAUUGAAAAAUUUGAUUGCUUCAGAACACUGAGUAAUGUGCAUUGUGUCUAAUACAUUGAACAGUAUAUAUAGUAUAAUUACUUAAUCUCUUGCUACUGAACUUGAUGACAGUUGCAUUGUAUCAGUUACUGCAAUUAAACUGGUUUAGGUUUUUUGUUACAGGAUACAUUAAAACUACAUAUUGUUUUAUAUCAUAAUUGAGAUUGUUGAUUUACAGUUAGGAAUAAUUGCAGAAAUAAUUAUAAUGUCAAAAACCAUUUGGAACAAAUGUCAUAAUGAAAAGAAGUGGAGGAUGUGGUGUACUGUGUGCUGUUCAAAUGUGUGUUCUAUUGUCUGCAAUCACAGUAUCAUUUACAGUGUUU